CACGCCGAGACGAAGAACCGAAGGAACCGGAAGCUGCACCACAUCGCACACACACAUCGCCCACACGGGGAUCAGCUGUCGUCGGUCGGAAUGUGACGGUUGCGUCGGGCGUUAGCCGAUUGUAAAGUGUUAAUCGUUAAUUGCUCGGAAGCAAGCGCGUCAGCGCAUCGGUAUGCCCGCAGGGAAAGGCAUCCAUUGUAACGGCACAGUGGCCUCGUGCGGUGGAAUGUCACGCCAAAGCGAUGGAACCGGCUCCGGAUGCAGGAUGCAGGAUCAUGAGUGGAAUGUGCGGUCCGAGUUCGAGUGCGGCCAGGUUUAAUGGGAUUAGAAAGUAAUUUCCGAGCACUGGUACUGCGGCGUUCUGUUGUCGCAUUUGCUGGCAGGAGAUACGAUUCCUUGUGAGGCGCGGGUACGUGUGUGUGUGUGUGGGGGGAGUUUGGAGGGAGUUUGGAGGGUGCCACCCCUUAGGGAAGUAAAACGUGUGUUUGCGCGAGACCGUUACUGGAUUCGGAAGUGUGCGCUGCUUUACUGCGUAUCGAUAAAGUGUACCGGCCCAGAUGGGGCGCAAUCUCUCGCGUGUGUCUGUUUCUGUGUGUGUGUGAGUGCGCGUGUGCGUGUGUGUGUGUGUGUGCUUACACAUUCACGCUCGUGACACCUAGCGUGGCGAAAUAAAUCCGCAAUCGCUUAAGCGCGCGCGCUCACCGUGCCACUUGCUGGUAACAAGGGAGCAGCAAAGCAAAAAAAAAGAAAAAAAGAAGUAAUAAUAAUACGCACGAGAAAGCGUCCGAAGGGCGAACGUGAAAGGAGGGGGGGGGGGCCUACAAAACCCGCGACGGGGCCAUAAAUAAAAAAUAAACAAGUGUUCCGAUGGCGUACCGCAGCGAGAUCCUCCCGAUUGGCGUGCUCGCGUUUGGUGAAUCGUGUCGGCUUAUCGAGGGAUAAGGGAGGAUUUUUGCGCCGCCCGAGCAGCUGGAAACCUCCACACUUUCGGGAAGCUACCAGGUGGAUAGUGGAGGGCUUUCCGUGUCCUUCCAUCUGCGCUCUGUUUCACUUCCUGUUCGCAGUCCUUUCCGCUGCGCCCUGGGCUGGUGCUGCGGUGCUUUAAACAUUUAGCAGCUUCGUGUAUUUGCGGCUCACUGACAAGCGUCUGUUACGGUAAUUGACAAUUUGCGUUGCGGUCAGCCGUUUGCGUGGGCGAGCCUGCUGCGAUCGCAAAACCGCACACCGGAACGCAGGCGUAAGCAGGCGUGAACAAGCGAUCCAGGAAGCCGCGGGUCCAGGCGAACCACGCGAUAAAAGACGGCCGGUUUUGGUGAGUCGGGACGGGAAGGAAGAACCAAAACAGCAACAGCAGCAAAAAAGGAGAAAAAAAAAAGAAAUAAAAUAAACUCACCGAGUUGGAGAACAUCGUUCCGUUUCAGCGCAGAAAUGAUGGCUUCUCAUCGCUCGCAGUACGGAAUCAACAUAUUGUUUCUGUUAAUUGUUCAUUUGAACCAUGGCAUCACGAAGUCAGUGCAAAGCUUCUCCGAGGAGCAGUUCCUGGCGGAGCUAAGCGACGACCGAGUUCGACCAACGACACGCAGCCGGCCAUCCUACACCAGUACCGGCCGGUUGCACGGGAACCUGCCACACCAGCAUCACAUCUACUACGGUCAACCGUACCGGCCCGAUGGCAGCGAGAACGAAAUUUACGACUCGGACGAAAGCAAUCUGCUCCGGACGCCGCUCGACCGUGGGCCACACUUCGACCUGUCCGCGUCGAAGAACAUCACCGCGCUGGUCGGCAAGACGGCCUAUCUCAACUGCCGGGUGAAGAGUCUCGGCAAUAAGACGGUGUCCUGGGUGCGGCAUCGUGACAUCCAUCUGCUGACCGUAGGUAGAUUCACCUACACGUCCGACCAGCGUUUCCAGGCUGUACAUAAUCCCCAGACCGACGACUGGUCGCUGCAAAUUAGAUACCCUCAAAAGCGGGACACGGGCGUGUACGAGUGUCAGAUCUCAACCACGCCACCGGUGGGCCACUCGAUGUUUCUCUCCGUCGUGGAACCGAUCACAACGAUCGUUGGGACGCCGGAUCUGUACAUCAACACCGGAUCGACUGUAAAUUUAACCUGUAUAGUACGCAACUCGCCCGAACCUCCGUCCACCAUCAUGUGGAUGCACAACAAUCAGGAGAUCAACUACGACUCACCACGGGGUGGCGUGUCCGUUAUCACGGAAAAGGGCGAAACGACAACGUCCUACCUGCUGAUCCAGCGUGCCCGAACGACCGAUACCGGCAAGUACGUGUGCUCCCCAUCAAACGCCGAUCCCACCACGAUCAACGUCCACAUCCUGAACGGUGAACAUCCCGCGGCCAUGCAGCAUGGCGGUCAACUCCGGAUAGGCGACCCGCUCAAUGUGUUCCUGCUGUGGCUGGUCAGCUUCCUGCUCGGACGGCGAUGAAAGGGCGCCCCACGGACAUCCCAAACCCGUUCGGGAGAGAUGCUACAUCGACAUGCUCGUCUGGCUGCUCGCGCUUCCAACAGUGAGGGGCCCAAUUUAGAGCUAAUUAGAUUAAGCUGCAGCCAGCUGGUGCCAGUGGGGACGCCAGCUGACGGAUGCACGGUGGCCGUGAGCGUGAGGCUAAUUUAAUUUGCGGUUAACUCCAAAAACGGCCAAAAUGAUUGCGCGAAAAAGAUGUGUGUAUUGUAUUGUGCGCGGACGGUGCAUAAUUAGUCUAAAAUGGGAAUGCUUUCCCAUUUUCCCCGUUUUCGCACGGCCAGCAUUUGACUGGGUCUGGGAUGCGUUGUUUUGCCGCGCGUGCGAUUGAUUGUUAAACAUUCAGAUUAAAUAAUUAUCAGAUGAGUGGGGUGUUUGUUUUUGUGGUUUUUCGUUUUUUUUGUUGUAUUUGCUGCUCUCGGCGUGUACUCGCUGGUACGCGCAAAACCAUGCAGGACAAACAUUUAAUCGAGCAAAUGGAAUGAAGGCGGGGUGAUUCAAAAAAAAAAAAAAACAAACAAAAUAAAUUAAAUAAAUGCAUUUCACAAACAAAUAAAUGCAUUCAACGGCAUCUCGGCACCCGGUGCCAGUGUGGUGUUUGAGCGCGCUCUAGGUUGUACGUUCUUCCCCCCUAAUCCCGAUAUAAUAGCUAAUUGAAUGAAUGAAGAAAAAGAAGAAAACUAAAUGGACGGUAAAAAAAAGAGCAGAUCGAGGGACCGAAGUCAAAUGCCAGCUGUUCUGGCCACACCGGUUGUACUUAGGUUUUGUUUUUAUACGCAUAUGAAUGCUGAUAUUUUUCUAAUCUCGUACCGGUUUGGGGAGAAAGUGGGAUUUUACACGGUUGUUAAUCGAAUGGACGCGUGCGGCUAGCGGAAUGGUUGAGAAACAACCGAAACGGACACAUGGUUCUUUGAUCAAUUUCUCCAAAACUCUCAAACUCAUGCAUGUAAACCAGGGCUGCCAGCGGGUGGAGCAAAAUAAACCGGACCCGACAAAACUAAGAGUUUAUGUAAUGCGACAAAAUAAAGAUCGA